AUGAAGAGAACCUUUCAAUUGUCUGAAACACAUUUGUCUCUUCAACUCGUUUUCGUUUCCAAACGCAAAUGCACAGCAGAACAUCUCCACGUUGGCUUUGAGAUUUCGUCGAGCGUUGUCGGACUUUCCAGUGUGAAGAAGAUGGCGAAAGACGCAGCGGCUGGCGAGGAGAAGAAGAGGCGAAACGGCAGAAAGAAGAAGGAUCCGAACGCGCCGCGCCGCGCGUUGUCGGCCUUCAUGUUUUUCGCGAAGGAAAAGCGAACAGAGAUCGUCGCGGCGAAUCCGGAAUUGAAGUCGCAGAUGACGAAGGUCGGGAAGAUGGUCGGCGAGGCCUGGGGGAAGCUGACACCGGAGGAGCGGAAACCGUUCGAGGAGAAGGCGGCGCAAGACAAAGCCAGAUACUUGAGUGAGAAACAAGAAUUCGAGCAGAAGCAGUAG